AUGGUCGUUUGUUUUCUACAACAACGUGUGUUAAGCAAUCAGCAAAUUUACGGUACGUGCCGGUUUACUUGCCGUCAACUCUGUGCUGUAGCCGCAAAAACAGAACGUCAAGAGACUCGUCAGACUGGAGUUCCAUUGAUAAUUCCGAAACAUGUGAUCGCCAAAGCUUUUAUCGUUCAUCCUUCAACAACAAGUGUGUUUGACGCCAGCUCAAAAUAUCAAUGGCUUACUAAGACCAAGUUAUUCGAGGGAUUACCCGCUCCUUUUUCAAACGUAGACAAUUUCGUGGAUGAUAAAGAAUAUGUGCAUCUAAGAGAAAAUUUCAAGGAGUCCAUUCUACAUAACCAUGCUUUCCGCAGAGAAGGAAUAAGCGCGAACCACAGGUUCAGACGUAGAGGAGAGGAAAUGACUAUGGGGUUUUUGCAAGAUUUGCUGAGGUUUGGAUGGUCGUUGUCUGAUCGACAUCGUCAUUUGGAUGAUUGUUUUCUUGAUUUGAAGCCCAGGAUGAGGAUCCACUGGGUCAGACAUCAUAACUUUUACCAGUUGGACCAAGAGCCGGCAUUUGUUAUUCGAACAAAGCAACCCACCCAUCUUUUAGAAACAGAUAUUGAAAAAACAUCCUUGGAAACAAUACCCGGUCCGUUUGAUAACUACAGCAUCAAUGUCUUCCGCCAUCCCAUCUUACAUCUACAGAACAACCCAGGCUUUCAGAAUAGUGCACUUUACAAAUACCCCUACAAUCAUACAAUGUUUUUGACAAACAUAAACAAACUGACAUUUGAGCAGCAGCAAGCUUAUGGAAUCAUGAGCAUGUUUGGUUCUCUGGUUGCCUUGGCAAUGGAUGAUGGUGUUCAGAUGGGUCAACACUUGCAGAAGCCACUUGUUACUAAGUGUGUAAUCACAGAUGGAAUCCAGUUUACUUUGAUGUGUUAUCAACUCAACACACUCUCAUUUCAGGAAGACUUUGGAAUCAAGAAUUGUGCCUGGGUUUCACACAGCAUGAAUCUUUUUAAGGUGACAACUGCUAAACGCAAACCACUUUUAUUUGAGACUUUGGAUAUGGACAACGAAGUUCCUGGUUUUAAUGAUGAGUGUUUCAAAACUGUUUUAGCUUUCCUUUGCCAAGAGACAGAGUCAUGAGGCAUUUUAGGAUAUUUUUAUUAUUCCUAUACUGUCUACAGAGAUUUUAAAGUUUUUUUUUUGCUAUCUUGAUGGCUAAACUCUGGCAAAACAAGAGUGACUGAACAGGUAAUCUUAUCAGUUGGCAGCACUUGCCAUUAUAAUGUUAUUCAAGUUUUUACAUAGUUUUACAAUUGUAUAACUUUAUAAUUAUCUCCAAGUAGUUAUUUGAAAAGAAAUAACCAAAACAUCUGAUUUAAAAGAGUAGAGUGCAAACUUCAGAUACACUGUUUUCUUCAAAACUGUACAUCUUAAUGUAUGUUGGAAGCACUGUAAAAUUAUUCAAACAGUUUUACACCCAGUCAGGACUUCUAUGUCAGUAGCAAUUUCUUUCCUAGGCAUCUUACCCAGGCGUAUUCAGUGCAGGUCUCAGUUCUGCGUUGUUCAUCCUCUUGCCUGCAAGUAAGCUUUCCUCUCUGGUUGGUCAAAUCUUGGAUUAUUUGUUUGCCUUUGUCUUAGCUGACUUGCUCUCCCAGAGUAGCUGACCCUGCCUCAGAGAAAAAAAAAACUUUCCUGUCUUGUAGCAAUUUUUCUCUCGUGUUUUAAGGUACAAAUCGUGUAGGUAAAGAGAGAAGGUAGCCAGAAGUGAAAAAUUACACAAUGAAUGUUCUGAAUGUAAACGAUGUUUAAAUCAUGAAAAGUGACGGUCAUUAAAAUGCCGAUAUGCAUGUCUACAUAUCACAAGCUAUGGAACGGAGUUCCAAAAAAGAAGCAAUAUACGGCACAGUAAAACAAGUUAAGAAAAAGUAGAUCAGCUUUCUGGACCUCUGAACAAUAUUUGGUAUUAAGUGAAUCAUCCGGUCCUUUCAUUGUAUAUAAUGACUCCCUACUUUUUGCAUGCGUUGGCAUCUAGUGAUAUUGGAAUAAAAGAAAACAGUGAAA